AUGUUCCGACGUCCUGGCGCGGGUCGCUCCAAGGCUUCAGCCGAUACGCAAUGCCAGAAGUGCCUGAAGCGAGGUCACUACAGCUACGAAUGCAAAGCAUCAGCGCAAGACCGACCCUACACAUCUCGACCUUCCCGGACCCAGCAGCUCUUGAACCCCAAGCUCAAGCCUAAGCUCACCACCGAAGUCCCCAACGAGCUUCUCCGCAAGAAGGGCGUCGCAGACGACAUUCUGAAGAAGAAGGAGGAGGACCGCAAGCGAUCGCGCUCGUUAUCUACAUCCUCCGCAGACUCGGUGUCCACCAUCUCUACCAACCGCUCGCAUUCCAGAUCACCACCGAGACGUGAAAAACACCAUGGAGCUAGAUCGCGGGGCCGCGGCGACGAUAAAGCGCCGGGGAAACGCGCCAGGCGAUCGAUAUCCUCAGACUCACGCUCAUCCGAGGGCGCACGCGACAGGGACAGGAAUACACGGCGGCGCAUGAGCUCCUUCAGCCCUGGGGAACGAGGUCGAAGGAGGAGCAGGUCGCGAUCGACAUCGGCGCGUAUGCAGAUAUCGCACGAAGAUGUGCGGACAAGACCAUCACGGAGCACAAGUAUAGGCCGAGCAAGAGGCGGGCGAAAAGCUCGAAGCAGGAGCGCAAGAAGACACGGUAAGCGACCCGCGCGCCGCCUCUCCAUGUCCAGGUCGCGAUCAAGGAGCCACGACCGCAUGGACACGUCUGACGACCGCAACGGUGCAACACGAGGCAGAUGGGGCGCGUCUCCUCCAACAAAGGCACCAGUGCCACGAUCUUCGUCACCAUAUCGAGGCAGUGCUGAUCGUAGUCCGAGCCCAAAUUCCAGACGAAAAGCCCCGCGACGGUCGCCUAGCCCACCCGCAGUGAGGAAUGGAGAUCGGAGUCAUGGAGGGCCUCGAGGACCUGGACGAAAUCGCUUUGACAAUGGACCUGCCUACGAUGCACCGCCACCAGCUCGACCACCGCCGCCGCCUGUGCAGAGAGAACGAAGCUUGAGUCCGUACAGUAAGCGCAUGGCUUUGACAAGACAGAUGCAAGCGGGAUAA